CCGGCCAGCCCGAGGGCUCCCGGCCGAGCGGCGCCCGAGCGUUCCCGAGCGCUUCCGAGCCGAGUCCGACCUCUACCGAGCUGCGCCCGAGAGUUUCCGAGUUGCGUACGAGCGUUCUCGAGCUGGGUACGAAGCGUUUCCGACUGGCGCCCGAGAGUUUCCGAGCGCUGCCCGAGAGUUUCCGAGUGGCGCCCGAGCGGGCCCCGAGCGGCGCUGAGCAGGCCGGGAAUGCGGCUGAGGGGAAGCCGGGCCUGUAGCAUCGCGGGGCGGCGAGUGAGGCUUGUGUGGGGCGGUGUGCAGCAGGGCUGUCCAAGCCAUGAUCGAGGUGUUGGCCAAGCUGGGCCGUGGGCCCGUCUUCCUGGCAGGGGAGGUGCUGGAGUGCGUGAUCACCUUCACCAAUCCCUUAUCGGCCUCAUCUACCUCCGCCAGCAGCGAGAUGCUGGCGUGGGCCAGCGCCCAGAUCCACUGCCAGUUUCACACCAGCGAGAACCGGGUGGCGCUCCCUCCUUCCGACGGCAGCAAGCACGACGUGCAGGCGGAGAACGAGACUGUCUUCGUCCCCAACAGAGGAGAGCGGGGUCAGUGUAUCCUGUCCACUCCACCAAAGAUUCUCUUCUGUGACUUGCGACUGGAUCCCGGGGAAUCAAAGUCCUAUUCGUACUGUGAAACGCUGCCCAUAGAUGGCCCUCCCUCUUUCCGGGGACAGUCGGUAAAGUACGUGUACAAGCUGACCAUUGGCUGCCAGCGUGUCAACUCCCCCAUCAAGCUCCUGCGUGUGCCCUUCCGUGUCCUGGUGCUGCACGGGCUCAAGGAUUACCAGUCCUCACAGGAUGAGGCUGUUGCGCCCUCAAACCCCUUCCUGGAGGAAGAGGAAGGCUUGAAGAAAGACUCACACCUGGCGGACCUGGCAACAGAACUGCUCAUGGUGGCCACCUCCCGACGCAGCCUGCACCUGUAUAACAUCAGCAACACUCGUGGGAAGGUGGGGACAUUCUGCAUCUUUAAGACCGUGUAUAAGAUAGGAGAGGAUGUCAUUGGGACCUUUAACUUUUCAGAAGGAGACAUCCCAUGUCUGCAGUUCUCAGUGAGCCUGCAGACAGAGGAGAGCAUCCAGGAGGAGUUCCAGCGCCGGCGAGGGCAGCCGGGCGCCUUCAGCACGCAUGCCCGCCAUCAGGAAGCCUGCCUGCACACAGCACAGAGCAGCUUCAGCCUGCCCAUCCCGCUCAGCUCUACCCCAGGAUUCACCACCAACAUCGUGUCCCUGAAGUGGAGGCUGCACUUUGAGUUUGUGACCUCCGGGGAGUCGGCGGGGACUUGCUUGGUUCGUGGGAGCCAGUCAGAGGCCGUCACCUGGACUGGGGUGGAGCAGAUCGAAGUGGACACUUUCAGCUGGGACUUGCCCAUCAAAGUCCUUCCCACCAACCCUAUCUUGGCUUCCUACGUGUCUCAGUUCUCCAGCACCAACUCCAUCACCAUCUGAAGUGGGGAGAGCUGGUAGGGACCUGCGGUGCUACCAGUGGGAAUGAUGGGCAGGACUGUCACCACCGUGCUGCGGGGCACAGACCCACUGUCCCCUUGAGUUCAUCCAUGGUGCCCAGGUGGGCACUGGGCAGGUCUGUCCUGUCUGUGGGUGGAGGAGCACUCCCCUUCCUGCGGUGUCUUCUGCUUCAGCCAUCAGCCUGGAGCCAGACCCUUCCUGCCUGGGUGAAAGCGUGAGUCCCAGCACUCAGUGAAAGUAAAUCUGCCUCCCAGGAAGGGCCUCACCUGCCUUUACCCCAUGAGGGGCUUCCAAGAAAAGGCCUAGCCCAGGGAAGGGAGAGGGGAACUCUUCAGCAAAGCCCCAUACCAGCCUUGGGUGAAGGCCGUGCCCCUACAGAGAGACGAGGUCUGGCAGACCUCCUCCCCACGAGCAGAGGAGGUCUGGCAUCCAGGUGAGGCUUGCUGGCCACCUGGGCCAGGUGGAAGCCUGUUCUCCUGCCCCAGCAGGCAUCCUGCCUCUUGUGAGGGGUGUCCUAUGUGCACAGCCCGGUGUCCCCACUAUCCUCACCCAAAGGAGGCAGGUUCUGGCAGGCCAGCCCUGUGCUCCUGGGACAUGCUGGUGUCCUGGACGCAACCAUGUGCUGUGGCAGCAUGAUGGUGGAGAAGGACUGAGCACCUGGGCUGUUCUCUGCCUGCGCUCCUGGCCGCAAAGGCAUCCUGCUGGUCUCGGGAUCCUUGGGGAGCUGGACUGAACAUGUGCUGUAUGUUCAGGAACUGGGGUGGAGGUCUCCCUGCUCAACAGCCAGCUCCCAGUUUUCUAGCAAACCUUUCAAAGAAUUUUCCUCUUUGCAUGGAAAUCUAAUAAAACAUCUGAUUGUGCAGAA